AUGGAAAAUGAUUCGGCGGCGGCGACAGAAGAAGUGACUAGUAAUGGUAAAUUAACUGAAGAAAAUAAUGUAGAAAACACUAGUAGUAACUUUGAUAAUAAUCCACCUGCAAAUGAUGAUGAAGAUGAAUUUGGAGAUUUUGCUGAGUUUGAGAGUGCUCCUCAACCUCAAACGUCUGAUGGUUCAAUGAAUGGAGAAAAUAUAAACUCAAGUACAGAAAAAUUUGGAAAUUUCGAUGAAUUUAAAAGUUCUCAAAAUGAGGUAAUUUCUCCUCAGGUUAAUUUACCCUCUUUGGGUGAACUUUUAUCUGAUAAUUCCAUAUUUUGUAUUGAGGAAGAUUUUAAUCAUAUAAAUGGUUCUGAAGUUGGUGUAAAAAUAUACGAUCUUCUUAAAGAAUGUGACAAAGAAGAUACUGAAAUAUCUAAGGGUAAUAGUUUAUUUACAAAUAUUUGGAAAGAUUUGAGAAUAGUUGAAGAAACUAGAGCUUUAGGAUUUUCACUUGCUAAAUCCCAAAGUUAUAAUUCAUUUCUCGGAGCUUUACAAAUGAGUGCUAAAAAAGUCGUACCUAAUACUUUGGAUUUUUUUACUUCACUUACAUCAUCAAAUGAAAUUGGUCAGAAGAAUGAAAUUCAAGGAGAAUUAACAUCUGAUUUAGAAAAGGAUAAUUUACAAAAUGAUAUACCACCUGUGUCUUUUGAUUGGGAGAAAUCUGGUUUAGAAAAUCCUAUAAGUUGUAAAUAUAAAAAUUCUCAAAAUGAUAUUCUUGAUUAUGAUUUUUUCUUCAAUUCAAAGAAUGAAAAUUGUUCUGUAGAAAAUCCAACAUACUCACUUCAAAAUGAUUUAUAUGCCUUUGGUUUGAUAUCUUCAGUAAAUGAAUACAACGAUUCAGUUAAAGCAAUGACAAAUAUUGAUGAAUUACUUCAAAAUGUAUCGCAGAAGAAGACGGGAGAUGAUAUUGUAGAUGAGGAAAUGAUAUCAUAUGAUUCAUUAACGUAUGAAGAGAAGAUUCUUUAUAAUUCUCUUCCGGACUAUUCUUUCAUGUUAUCAAAUGUUUUAGUUUUUCCAUCCAAAGGAAAGGAAUAA